AAAUUGCCAACAGCUGCUUUUCGAUAUUGUUCGAUAUGCGAUACCGAUUGUUUGCAAACUCAGUGCAUAAAAGUGCAAGAUCCCAAUGCACUGAAAAACAUUAAUACAAAUAUGAGUGAACGUACUCCGUUAAGCAACCGCAGCCGUAACAACAAUAAGGGAAAUGUCCAGUGGAACGCCAGUGCAACCAUCGGCUGUGCCGCCAGUUUGGAGCUGUGACACGCACAGGCGCAGUCAUAAUCAACAACGCGAACUAAAGCAACAACAACUUCUAGUUUUCACACUGCAAACGGAACUGCGACGAGCCACCAAUCAUUGGUUUCAGGCCAAAACCGAUGAACGCUUCCAGCUGCUGGUACAGACAUGCGUCCACAUCCUGCAGCACGGCUUGCUGCAGCCAACGGCUAUCGGCACGCUGCGCCUAGUUGAAGAUUUUGAGUUCCUGCGCCUCGCAGAGCAUCGACAGCAGCCGCCAGCAGCUUCAGCUGCCGGCACGCCUGCUCCAGGAUCAACUACGAAUGCUGCAUUUAAUGUGUCAGAGUUUCUGUCGCAUUGGGUGGCCAGCUGCCUGCGCUCGCGCUGCUUGUCGCGCUGUGUGCAGGCGCUGGUGGCAGACAAGGAGCUGUUGGACUGCUACUAUCAGCGGGAGGUGGCCUUUCUGCGGCACAGCGGCUGUGCGGCUGCGCUGUUUGUGUGUCUGACGGCCGUUGAGCUGGAUCAGAGCAGCUUGCUCAGCCAGCUGGAGCCGGUUGUUGGCAAACGACGUCAUCGACGCACCAGCUCGCAGCCCAAUUUCACUUUGACGCACCGUUUGCAUGUGGUGCAGGAGGAGGAGCAACUGCAGCUGCAACAGCAGCAGCAGCAGCAGCACCAGGCGCAGCAGCAGCAACAGCGCCAGCAACAACAGUUGCACCCAAUUCCGGCAUCCACGCAGCUAUUGCGUCGCUUCAAGAGCUUGCCCUGCCUGUAUCAGAGCGAUAGCAGCUUGGAUCGAUUGGCGAGCACACUGACUGGGCUGCCCCUGGCUGCAGCGCGUCCUCGCUGCCAGACCUACAACAAUAGCCCAAACGUUCCAUUGAGCGGCUGUAGCAUAAGCACGGCCAGCAGCAGUUGCAGUCAGGUGGCGUCGCCAGUGCCGCGUCGCAUACAGCUAAUCAACUGCGAUGACAUCAAGAUCUGGACGGAUCAGACGAGCAGCGCCAGUCAAACCACUAGCAAUCCAUCACCACCCGCGCCUGUGCCCGCCCCGAAGCGCGGCAGUCCCCUGAAUAGCUUUCUGGGCAAUCUGUUUGGCUCGCCGCCCGUCUACACCAGCUGGUAUAACAAGAGUCGCGGCGCCACGAGCGACGAGGCGGGCUGCGUGCUGAAUGGCUUCUUGGCCAUCAACGGACGCAAGCUGGACAUGCGCCAGCGUCAAUCGCUGUUCGAGGGCGUCAGCAUGCUCGACUACAACAAUUGCCAAGCAGCGAACACGGCGGCGACAACCACUGAGCCACUGGACAUUGUUGGCGGUCAGCCAGGUCAGCAGCAGCAGCACAGCGCCAGCUGCAGCACCACCACAUCCUGCAGCCUGAGCAGCGAGAGCCAGUGCAGCAGCAGCAACAAAAUGGACAAUCAAAGCUUGGCCGCCUUCCUGCAAAUGUCACGCAAUGCGCACAACAACACCGAGCUGGAAAAGGAGAAUGCACACUUUCGCAUCUCGGAGGCGUGCAUUGCGGCCAUCGAGCAUGUGAAAUGGAGUCGACGCGGCCAGCCGAUGACGUGUGCCAGCGGCAGCAGCAGCAGCGGCAUUGCCACCGAAGCGGAUGCCUUGCUGAUGCCCUAUGUGGAGCAGCACGGCACGAAUGGCGAUAGCCAGAGCAACAUCAAUAACAACAACAACAACAACAACAACAGCGCUGAGGCAGUUGGUCUGCAGUUGAUCUCACGCUUCAAUGACAAGCAGCUGCCGAAGCUGGCAGACUUGAAGUGGCUCGUCUCGGAGCAGGAUGCGCCGCAGCAGCUGCUGCCAAUGCCAAAGCUAACAGAGGAGCAACAACAACAGCGCCAGCAGGAGCUCAUGGGCGAGACAAGUCUGACGCGCGGCACCAAAACCUGGGCGCCGCCGCGCCAACAAAUCAUCUUCACGGAACACCCAGCGGCGAGUCGGUCGCAGCUGCUGAGCCGACAGAAUUAUCGCUGCGCCGGCUGUGGCAUGCAGGUGACACGACAGUAUCAACAAUAUUUCCGCUAUUGCAACUAUUUGGGCAAAUACCUGUGCACCGGCUGCCAUCGCAAUCAGUUGUCGGCCAUUCCGGCCAAGAUACUGCAGUCGUGGGACUUUCGUUGCUAUGCGGUUAGCUCGUUUGCCUAUCGCCUCAUCGAGCAGAUGUACACAUUCCCGCUGUUCCAUGUGCCCGACCUGAAUGCUCAGCUGUAUGUGAAGCAGACGCUUUUGGCCAGGGCGCGACGACGUCGCCAGCAGCUCAAAUAUGUCCACAACUUCAUAUCCGCCUGUCGCUUUGCCAGCAAGGAGCAGGCGCUGUUCGAUGCUGUGCCGGCGCACAUAACCAACGAUCCGGAUAUGUGGUCCAUGUGCGACUUUGUCGAUGUGCAAAACAAAAGCCUGUGUCGCUCCAUCGAGGAUUUGAUAGAGCUCAACGAGCAGCAUGUCUUCAGCUGUGUGCUCUGCACGGGUCGCGCCUUUGUCUGCGAGCUAUGCAAGAGUCGCCAGCUCAUCUAUCCCUGGCAGCGUAAGGUGCAUCGUUGUGGCCAGUGUGGUGCAUGCGUUCAUGCCAACUGCUGGAAGUAUAGCUCAGGUGGCAUUUGUUUGCGCUGUGACCGGCUCCAUGGGCGACAACAACAACAGCCACAGCCGCAGCAGGACUAAAGUGUAGCCAAAUAUUCAUCACUUUUUUAUGUGUAUUGUAUAUAAUCGUGUAUAUUAUGGAAUCUAUUAGCAAAUGUACCUCAAGUAAAAGAUGACCGAUUCUUAAGUUGAUUUUUAUAAA